AUGUUAUUACAACUACAAGCCGCUCGACGCAUAACCGCACGACCCCUCGCUCUGUGCUGCUCAUACCACAGCACGCCUGCAUACCUCGCCCACAGGAUUCCGCAUCCCCGUCAAACACUCUCGCCACGGUCCGACGAAAACACAAAGUCAGGUAAUGACGAUGAUGUGGCGGCUUUAGAAGACGCUCCGUAUUGUCGGAACAAGACGCGGCCUGAAGAAGAACUAGCUGCGGCCGAGACGGAAGCUGUUGGGAAGCAGGAUACGAACCCGCUGGAAGCAAGUGGUGCAAACCAGGAUAUUAGCAAACCGAGCAGCGAUAUGCUGACGGGGGAGUAUGUGAGCGUCAAAUGGGAGGAGGAUAAACGGGAACGGAGCCGUUAUGGAAGGACGCCGGGAAAGGGUGAGAAGCUGCAUGUUUGGAAGACGGAGAAGAAGAUUAGACUAUUUAGGUAA